AUGGAUGUCAUCGGUCCGAUAGAGCCAGCCGCUUCUAAUGGACACAGAUUCAUUUUGGUCGCCAUUGAAUAUUUCACUAAGUGGGUGGAGGCAACUACUUACAAGUCGGUAAUCAAGAAAGUGGUGGCUGAUUUUGUUCGCAACAAUCUGAUAUGCAGCUUUGGAGUGCCAGAAUCCAUUAUUACCGAUAAUGGGGCAAAUCUCAACAGUCACUUGAUGAGAGAGAUAUGUGAGCAAUUUAAGAUUACUCAUCGAAAUUCAACUGCUUAUCGUCCCCAAAUGAAUGGAGCUGUAGAGGCUGCCAAUAAGAAUAUCAAAAAGAUUUUGAGGAAAAUGAUUGACAAGCAUCGAGGUUGGCAUGAUAUGUUACCAUAUUCUUUGUUGGGAUACCGCACGAUUGUCAGAACAUCGAUUGGAGCCACUCUAUAUUUGCUAGUAUAUGGAACAGAAGCAGUCAUACCUGCUGAAGUCAAGAUACCGUCUUUGAGAAUCAUCCAAGAAGCUGAGUCAAGUAACGCUGAAUGGGUUAGUAAGCGGAUUGAUCAACUAACUUUGAUUGAUGAGAAGAGAAUGGUUGUCGUCUAUCAUGGUCAGUUGUAUAGACAGAGAAUGAUUCGUGCCUUUCACAAGAGAGUAAGGGCUAGAAAUUUUGAAGUUGGCCAGUUGGUUCUUAAGCGUAUUUUUCCUCAUCAAGACGAGUACAAAGGAAAGGUCACACCAAACUGGCAAGGUCCUUACAUGGUUCGUAAAGUAUUAUCUGGAGGUGCCUUGGUCCUGUCGGAGAUGGAUGGCACCAAAUUCCGCGAUCUGCUCAAUUACAGUGGAAAGAUAAGCAAGACAGUUAACUGGGACAGAAAUUUUGAGGAUGGCCUCAAAAUUUCAGCACGGGUUUAUCUACAAGUCUGGGGCGACUCUGAAAACGUUCCAGCGAAUAAUCGGAUAGACCUCCAAGCAUCAGACUCAAAGAAGUUUGUUAGGCCUGAUAUGGCAUGA